AUGAAAGAGACAAAUAACUUAUUUGUUGGAGAUGAAUACAAAUUUAGGUUUGGAAUUUGGAUGGCCAACAAGAAUUUUGUAGAAACACACAAUAAAGCUAAUGCAAACUAUAAAUUAUCGUUGAAUUCUUUAUCGCAUCUUACUCCAACCGAGUAUCAAUCUUUAUUAGGUACAAAAAUAGAUAAAAAUUUGGUUUCUCAAGGCAAAAAAGUAAGACCUCAGAUAAAGGAUUCUCCAGGUAUUUUAGAUUAUCGAGAAAUGGGCGUAGUUAACCCAAUUCGAGACCAAAAACAAUGCGGAUCAUGCUGGGCGUUUGGAACAGUCGCAGCAUGCGAAAGUAACUAUGCUUUGCUCUACUCUAAUCUUCCUCAGCUUUCCGAACAAAAUAUUAUUGAUUGCGCUACAACCUGCUACGGAUGCGGCGGCGGAAUUAUACAGGCAGCAAUGUCCUUUAUAAUUAACAAGCAAGGCGGCGCAAUUAUGAAGUUAUCAGAUUAUCCCUAUCAAGGUGUCGACGGAGCCUGCAAAUUCGAUGCCAAAACAGCUAUGCCAGUUACCUCAAACUUUGUUUCAGUCCCAUCAGGCUCAGAAAGGGACUUGGCGAACUAUGUCUAUCAAUAUGGAGUUGCAGUUGUUGUUUUAGACUGCUCCAGAAUAUCUUUUCAGUUAUAUUCAAGCGGAAUUUACUCAGAUCCUUGCUGCUCUUCCCAAAACUUAGACCACGCAAUGAACGUGGUUGGAUACUCGGAUUCAUACUGGAUUAUCAGAAAUUCAUGGGGAACUUCAUGGGGCGAGAGUGGAUACAUGAGACUUGCUAAGGACAAAAAUAAUAUGUGCGGUGUCGCGACAAUGGCUUCUAUUCCAUUGCCAAUAUAA